CUGGAAAAUGGGCAUCGCGCGUCAGUGCGUAAUAUAAGAUUGAUGCGCUGACCUAACCGAGUACAGCACCGUUGGUGUGUCACGUCCAGAAAAGGCCAGGGCUAGGAGAUCAUAAUCAGCUUGAAAGCGAGAGACGGUGAUCGCCGCACACUUUCCCAUUUACAACCUCGCAGUCCAGCCAAAAUCGUCGGAGAACAACAUCUUCCCGUUCUCAAGAGAAAUCACCCUCGAACAUGGAUGCCCCAAGAGUGUACCGCGGUGGGCCAGAACAGCGCAAGGCUGUGAUUGCCGUCUGCAUGGGCUCGGACACCGAUCUCGCGACCUUGCGCCCCGGGAUCGAGAUUCUCGACACCAUGGAUAUUCCUUACGAGGUCCACAUCACUUCGGCUCACCGGACGCCCCAGUACAUGCUGGACUUCGCCAAGGGAGCUGCGGGAAGAGGGCUGAAGGUCAUCAUCGCGGCGGCCGGCGGCUCAGCCCACCUUCCGGGGAUGCUGGCAUCGGAGACGGUGCUCCCCGUCAUCGGUGUCCCCGUCAAGGCCAUGGCCUUGGACGGACUUGACAGUUUGUGCAGUAUCGUCUCGAUGCCUCGAGGCAUCCCGGUCGCUACCGUCGGGAUCUCGAACAGUGUCAACGCGGCGAUUUUGGCUGCUAGGAUCGUGGGGACCAGCGACGAAAAGGCUCAGAAAUGGGUGGCUGACCAUCUCAAGAAAAUGGAUGAUGACAAUAUGGCCAAGGAGCGCCGUCUGCAGGAGGAGGGCUGGUCGACGUACAAGAAGCUGGACGCAUAGUGCGUGGUGGAUUCUGGGUUGAAAGCAUCUUCUGUCAGUAGCACCCCGACUAUGUCAUCUCUUGGAUCGAAGGAGGUGCGGGAUGGAUGAGAGAAAAUGAUGUUCGUAUUCUUGCAAGUAAUCCACGUUGUAAAGGUGUUUGGCUUUCACAGUGGACAUGAAUAGCAUAACCUGAUCUGCCGCUGCAUGUUGAGGGUCCAGCUUUGGCAGCUUCC